CUCUUGCCCUCUUCUCAUAAAAUCAAUUCUCUUUUCUUUUUCUUCUUCUUUCUUCCUCAAAUGCCAAUUUGAGCCCUGGCCUCCCUUUUCCGUUCUCUAGUUUCGGCUUCGUUAACAUUAACGGACAGCGACAAUCUCCGACUUGCUCCUUCCGGCGGCCUGCUGCCCUCUCUCUGUCCCUCCCAAAUCUCUAUUCAGCAGCAGGAUGAAGUAAUUCUUUUGAAUUGUGGGUCUUUGCAUCAAUUCUUCCAUAAGAUUGGAGCUGGGAUAGCCAUUUCAUCGUUGUUAGCUGCUUUCUAUUUUGGAUUGCUUUCUAAUGGUUCUUAAUUGUGAUUGAAACUUCGGUUAUUUUUGUCUAGCAAUCAGUAAACUGAACCUUAGUCUAUUUCCUACAGAAGAGCAAAGCAAACUGAAAAGUUGGUGGGGCUGAAGCAUGGCAGAUGGAGGUGAUGAAAGCCAAACCAACAAUAGGUCAACAAUUACCGGAGGAGAAGGGAAUGUAGAAGACAUGACAAGAGGUAAAGGUGAGAUGAAGGAGACAACAGCUGCAGGAGCAGCAGGCAACUGGGUGAACGAUCUGCAGAGGAGUGUGGUAGAAUCGAAGGAUUCAGCACUACGCUCUGCCAAUUCCUUCCGUCAAUGCUCUUCACUCCAUUUCCGCUCUCUACAGGAUCAUUAUGUGCCUGAUGCCAUCUCUAACCUGAAGACUUAUGAAGAUGCUUUCUUCACCAAACUCAAAGAUGGUUUAACAGCAUGCAAAGAAUACCCAGCUACUUCUCUUGGAGUUGUACUCUCCUCUUCCCUUCUUCUAAUGCGAGGUCCCUCCCCACUGAUUCCCCAACUGCCCCGUAUUGUCCACGAAGAUUUUUGCUGCGCCAGACAUUCGGUCGAUUUCAGAGUGAGGAGGUCUCUGACACGUUUCCACAAAGCUGAGAAGAGUGUCAAAGAGUUUGGUUCUGCUGUUGAUGAGAUGAAGAGGGUAAGCGAAAUGUUGCGUGAAAGGGCUGCUAAAGCCGAGAAGGGCAUGAAACAUGGCUACACUGAACUCAUGGGUGCUGGAAAUCAAAUUCAAAGCUUAUCCAAAUCUGUUUAUAAGGUCGAGCGCCAGGCUGCAGAUUUGGUGGAUGGUCUGCGAGAAAUCCCGAGCAGGGAAGCACUGAAACUUCGACUUGAGGUGGCUUCCAUGGUAUCCGACUUGAAAAAGCAGAGGACAGAGCUGGAUAAGCGGAUCCUGAAGAUCUCUGAACUAGGAGUACCGGUUUGAUUCUGCAAAAUGUCAUCUUCAGCGGCAGCCAUGAGCUCUAUUUCUAUCUAAACUUUUUGUCAAGUACCUAUUAUUCCUAUCAUCCUAUGACUGGUUAUUGGCUCUUAUAGUCCACGAGCCUAGAUGCAUAAAUUGCAACUCUGGUUAGUAUUUAGCUGACGAAUAACAGCACAGUUGUCCUUCUGAGAACUUGGAGUUUGCAACUUCCAAAUAUCUAUGACACUAAUGCAACUUUUCAAUAACAACACUGUUGAUGCAUCCCGUGUCAAACAUUUAAUACAUAUUUAUUCAAUUGUAUUGACAAUUUGAUAAUCUUCUAUAUCUAUAUU